ACUGCCCACCCCACCUCGGACACGGCGGCAGUCAGUUCCCUCGGGCUCCUCGCCGGCUGCAAGCUCAGCGCUCGGACUGCGCUGCGCGCCCAGCCCCGGCUCUGCGGCAGCAGGAGGAGGAGCAGCAGGAGCAGCGGAGAGCGGGGCCCGCUGAGCAGUCGCUGAGAGCGAGACGCGCGGCCCCCGGCCCGGGGACCCAGAGCAGCCGCGCCACCGACCGCGCCGUGCACGGCCGCGGCGGAGUCCGGACCGCGCUCCCCAAUUCCGGGACCGGAGCCUGUCCGGCACAACUCCCGCAGCCACCUGCUUCGGAGGCCCCGGCUGCGAGGACAGGAUGCGCGGGGCGCCGCUACCGCCGCUGCUGCUGGUGCUGCUGAUGCUGCCCGGUGGAUGGGGAAAUGGGGCAGCAGCACCCACAACAGUUGCGGACACCACCACCUCUGCUGGAAGCACCCAGAGGGCAAGCACUCCAGGAAUCAGCACAUCUCUGAACACGAUUCCCACACAGCCAACUGACCCUACAGAAACCAAGAAGAUGACUAGCACUAACCUCACAGCGGCUGCUUUACCCCAAACUCAAAGUUCGCCCUCUUCCGAACCCCCCACGAGGGCCAAUACAGUAGAGACAGCACAGACCACUGUAGCCCCUUCGACUGUAAGUACAACCUCGGAGCCUAUCAAGAAGACCACAUUGGCAUCCGCUGCAGUCCCCGAUGCUUUGGGAACCCAGACGUCCAUUUCGCCAACACAGGUGAUGAAAUCUUCACCUUCACCAUCAGCAGUAACUAAGGACCAGGGGAAUGAUACCACACAGACCACCUCGAGUAUCAUCACUCCAUCCUCCAGCGUCACUGGGAGUUCACCUCGUCUGACCAGCCUCAUCCCUUCCACUUCCGUGCCAGCAACCUUUCCUUCCGCUACCUCACCAGAGACCAACAGCUUAACUCCCAGUACUCAACCAACUAUAGCUACCUCUGAGGCUACAACUUCAGAGACCUCUAACUACACAGCUUCAAAUACCUCUGAGAGCACAGCUUCAGUUCCCUCUGAGAGCACAACUUCAGACACCUCUGGGAUGAUCCCUAGCAGGUCAACUUCAGUCGACUCUGAGAAUCCUACCUCCUCACUCACUAGCCCCUCUUCUUCUCAUCACCAGCCGCCUGCUAUGACAACCUCUGAGUUUGAAAUUUUCUCACCCAUACCCAACAAGAUAACGUGUCACGAUGACAGCCAUAUAACAGAGAAUCUGCUUAUUCUGAAGAUGACCAACUUCAGCAUCUGUGAUGGUGUCAAGGACUCCCGUAACCAUCCCCUCUACACGGCACUGUGCCGAGCAGGAAAGGCCAACUUCAACAAGGACAGGGAUCUGUGUCACGUGCAACUGGUCUCCCAGCCAGAGAAGCAAGAAGUGGCAGUCCUCAAUGUCUCUGUACAAACACACCUUCAGCCCAAGGAGCUAUAUGAAGUAUUGAAGAAAAGAUGGGAUGAUUUGAAAGCGUUGGGAGUUAGUAACAUGACGUACGGAAAGGAAAGUCUGGACAAGGAUGUGGAAGACCGCUUCAGCAUGCCUCUCAUCAUUACUAUUGUUUGCAUGGCAGCCUUCCUCCUCCUCGUGGCUGCCCUUUAUGGCUGUUUCCACCAGCGCUUUACUCAGCGUAAGGACCAGCAACGCCUGACGGAGGAACUGCAGACUGUGGAGAAUGGUUACCAUGACAACCCAACCCUGGAAGUGAUGGAGACUUCCUCUGAGAUGCAGGAGAAGAAAGUGGCCAAUCUCAAUGGUGAGCUGGGGGACAGCUGGAUCGUCCCACUUGACAACCUGACCAAGGAUGAUCUGGACCAGGAAGAGGAGGAUACACACCUGUAAGGCCACAUAUCUGCCAGCUCUGACCACUACCGUGCGACUCUUGAGACUUGAUCACCCAAAGUGCCACUUGAGUAGGGGGAGGAAAAUCAACCUCCUCCCCACCUUGAGAGAGACAUAAGUAGGGAAAGAAACAAGGAGGGAGCAGAUGCCUACGUGCAGGGUCGUGGGUCUCCUUCUUCCCCACCCCACCUCAUCUCAAGGAGGCUUUAACUUUUUCAUUUUCUAGCCAAUGGGAACAAUUCAUCUUAAGAAGUUAGAAGAGGGCAAAGGCGGGAUGGGAAAAUGGCCGCGCAGUUUCCUCUGGAACUGUCUUGGAUUUUGUGGUUAGGACAGCUAGAAAGAUGCAAUGGAAAGCAAAGCUGGUGGCAGUUUAUAUCCAUUUGGAGACCUGAUUCCUAGCCUUUUCUCCCCUUCUCAGGAGCAAAGCUAUUUGUCAUCCUUUCUUAGCUUCCCAGGGGCCUCCUGGCAAGGGCACAGAUCACCCCUUGCCUUGAACGACUUACUGUAAGCAAAAUUCUGAUUUCCUUGUUCACCUGUUUGGUGAGGUGGAGAUUUUACUGCCAGACCCAAGUGUGAAUUGUUCCUGCUCAAGGAAUCCAUCCAGAGGUGAGGCAGGAUUAAAACUUCCUGAAUUGACAUACUGGCUGGCAGGAAGCUUUGGCACUCAGCACUGUUCUCUCAACUCACUCCUUGCUGUUAAGAUACUGUUUAGAGUGGGUCCAGGGGAAGAGAUCUGCCUGCUUCAUAUCCAGCUAACACCUCUCAACUCCCCUGACGCCAUGGAGGACAUCAUACUCUCUGAUCUGCACAUAUUACCUGUUCGGGAGAAAGGAUCCCAGAACCCACGUGGCCCCUCCCUCCCACCACUGAAGUAGAAGCUGCUUUUUGGGACAAAGCCCCCCACUCCUGAGGAUCAUCUGGCAGCACGGUGUCUUAAAAUAGACAAUCAAUGCAGCAGGAAAGGGUAGGAUCCACCCAACCCUACAUGUGAAACUCAGGGACUGACCGAGUUGCUGGGAAUUAUUUAUGAAGGAGGGAGAGCAGGUGGCAGACCCUCACCUCUUCCCUCACAAACACACAACCCCAAGAUCAAACUGUCCAGCCUUCUGUGUCCGUCGGGUAUCAUGAGCCGUCCACGUUUCAUCUUCUGACCAUUCUUGUCCAUGUUCUUCUCUGGAGAUUUCCUACAAAGGAUCUAAUUAGUGGGUUAGCAGCCUUGCUCUCCCCACCCCGUUAUCUUUGCUCUUCUUAUUUGCCUAGCCCACCCUCUUUCCCCAUCACACAUAGCUCAUGCUACCCCUGGGUCACUGUUGGAUGGUGACCAUAUAGCUCAUUUAUGCUUACCAGGCACCUAAGUAGUGAGUCACACUAAAAGACUUAUUUCAAUCCAGUCCUUUAAAGACAGUACACGUGUAGAUAGGGAUACAAGUAAGGGCAUCUGGGGUGGUUGUAUACUCAGAAAUCCAUGAUGCUGGCAAAACCUAUCUAUUGAAAAAGAUGGCUUUUAAAAAAACAUAGUCAUUCAAAAGUUGCCAAAAAUGGCAGCUUUUAUUCAUGUCACCUUCUUGCUAGCCUCUGAUAACUCUGGAGCAAGUCAGUGGGAAUAUUGGUACUUAAAACUGGCUCAUUUUGGGGAAUUCCGGGGACUUUUCACUUGGGGCACAUCUCAAAACUGACUUCAGGUUUCCAUUACUGAUUGUAGCUUUUAGCCUCAAUUUAUGGACUUUUAGGAAGAAAGUAAACAUUGAGGAUCAGGUGGACUUAAGCACCCUGGACCUGGCCUGGAAUAUGGUCACAUAGUCUAAAAAUUUAGUUGGAAAAUUUCACAUGUGCUAGUUAUUAUUAAUGUUAUUUUCUAAGUUUGCUAAGUCUUAGGGAGGCUGCAGUCCAGGUUCUGGAAAAGUGGCAGAUGUUGGUUCUUGGGGUUUAGCAGCACCCAUCCCUGGGAAGCAGUAAUUAAUAUUCAGUACUUAUGUUUGGAUUCAAACCUAUUCUCGCCAUUUGGAUGUUCUGCUCCAGUUUUCCUGUAGUGCCACUGGGGGGGCGGGGCGGGUUUCAGAAUUGCCCCCUGGCUGCCCCAAUUUAAACCACUCCAGGUCAUCAGAAAUCAAUUUUGGCCAGCGCAUUUCCUGAGCUGCCAGCCUGGGGCCAGCUAGUAGCAGGGAGGACGAGAGGCUUCUUAGGGAACUGUACUACAGCAGGCUUACCAUCUUAUUUUCUUGAAGUCUGCAGGAGUUUGGCAUGGAGUUUGCACCUGUGCCCAAGGCCCCCAAAUGCUAGUAGGACCUCUGGAAGUAGUUGUCUCUCAGGCUCCAGGAAGCAGCUGUUUGAGUGCCUUUUGUGGCAUUGAUGUGAGCUGGUAGUCUUUUAAGUGCCUCUUUGUCCAGGAGGCAGCAGGCCAAUUUUUUACAGGUUUGACUCGGGUCCAUUUGAACACUAAUUACCCAGAGGAUGUGUCAGCAUCCUCUGAUGGAGGAUAUCAGAGUUCUGGUAGAAUUCACCUCUUUAGGGUAGGCUUUAUUUUUUUAAAUGCUAGACUCGUGAUUGCCUUUGGAGUAGAGAAUUCCUGGUCAAGAUUUUUAGGCAGAUAAGCGAUUGCCCUGUAACUUGGAGGUCAAGUGAAUUGUUCAGCACCCAAACAGUCAACACUUGACUCUGUCGGGAUUUGAACAUAGGUCUUGAUUCUGAGGCUGGCUUUCUAGCCACUGCUAAAGUUGCUUCUCUUGGGUUACUAAAUUUAAAGGGUCCAAAGUACAAACUUCUCGGCCCCAGAACUGCCUCCAUAAUUACCUCUGACAAUAAGUUGGGACAACUCCAGGCCCAAAAGGGCCUUUCCACCCAGAUUUGGCUCUCAGGCUCUAGAGCUCUUAUGGGCACUUUGAGCAAGUCCAGAUUUAGAGGGAUGUUAAGCUAGCAUCCCUCAUUUACACACAACCACAUGACUUUUACAUUGCUUUCGUUUGGACUAUUAGAUCGUAGAAACAAAGAAAGGAGAUGUAUUUUGAUCCAGAAUGAAGGGGUCUCCUCCUUCAUGCCCAGUAUUAAGGCUUUUACUGACCUUCUUGCUCUUUUUCAAAUGCCCAUGCCUUAUUCAUGGGUGAAAAAACUUAGUCUGUAUUCUCCUCUGUUGCUUAUUUCUGCUGCCUUUAACCUAGGCAUGGCUGUAUUCUCCCAGGCAGAAAGACCAAGCAGAGGAAGCCUUGUGUCGGGGGCCAUAGUUAGCUUCUUUAGUUGCAACACAUCCUAAGAGGCAAGAGCAGUCGAAGCCCAGACUGAGAUAAUUCAGGUUAUAACUGUUCUGAAGAAGUUUUGGGAGGCUGAAUACGUACCUUCUCAAUCAUAGCUACCUUUUGGAAAUUCCCCAGAAGUCUUUUAUCUCAUAGUAUUAUAUGUACCUAGGGCAUAAAACAUAGUACAUUCUGACCCUCACACUACCCACCCUCCAUUGAGACAGUUGGGUGGUUACCACCCCUCAAAAUCUCAGUUAUUGGUUGGAAGAAUAUAGUUCAAGUGAGCAUGGGUCCUCAAAAAGGCCAUGCUAAGGAGGAAUUUUGAACUUCCAUUUUUUAAAAAUAAAAAUUUUAUCUAUAUCUUUUGUUUUUACAUUGCCUCAAUUUUCCUCUGGAUCUUCCCCCUCCCUUCCUUUUCCUAUAAUCUGUCUUGUAACAAAGAAUUCUUUUUUCUUUUUAAGAAAAAAGAAACUUGGCAGAUGACAGGUUUCCGGAGGCUGCCUGAUAAUUGAGCUAGAUGUCAUGAACCAACACCCACUGAACAAGCCACCAGCUGCCAUCAAACCCAGCCUCAGCAAGUAAACUGGGGGGAGCACUGACAGAUCAUUAAAUAGAAAUACAGAACUUUCCUUCCCAUUUAAAGGAAGGAAAUGAUGCCAUUAUAAGUAAUUCAGGAUAAUACACAGGUUUGAUCUCUAGAAAAGGGUUUUUCUUGAUCUCUGCCCUACCACAAGUGAAGUCUGAAGCAGACGUAUUAUUUAGAAUCUCCAAAUCCUUGAUCUUCUUAAUUGUGCUCUGGAUGCAAUUUGGAAAAAAAAAGUCCAUGGUAUACAUACGUAUUUUUUGAAGAUACAUAUAUAGGACUAUCACACAUUAAACUCUGACUUGCUGUAAGAAUAUACUUUUGGAAAUGGUCAUAAAUUAAAAAAAUUUAAAACAGUGCAUUGGGCCCGAUCCAGCAUUCAUUCUGGACCCCCAAGAACAGGUUUUUUUUACCUCCCAUUUCUCAUCUAUGGCAUGCACAAAGGGACUAUCGAUGAAGGAGGAAAGUCAGUGUAUACUGUCUGGUGAGUCUAGUUUUUCAAGUGAUGAAACUGAGGCUUAAAAGAAGUAGUUACUUGUCAUGGAGGGCCACAGACCUCCUUACUGGCAGAAACUGGACUAGAAUUUUGUGUCUUGAUUCCAGAUCAGUUAUUUUAGCACUUACAUAUACAUGCCUCAUUGGCCUGAAGGCAUGAAAUCCUCUUCCCAUUCUCACUUGAAACCUCUGGAUCAGUGUUGGCUUAGAAGCUUUCAGGUCAGCUGUGCACCAGGGAAAACUUCUUUCUAAAUGCAAAGACAAUGUAUCUUUUCCAAACAACACCAGUAAUAGGCUUCCUGCUCCAUAUCUGAGGAAUACAAAUUUCCUUUUGAAAAAGCAAAUCACAAAGAGCUUGGUCUCAGACUCACAUAAGUUGGUUGUGACCAGCUAGUAGGAUAGCAGGGUUUCUGGAACACAGGAGUCUCCCAGGGUCUCCUGCCUCUCUACCUUGGGAUUGGUUUAGCCGCUAAACUUCAGCAUCUUCCAGCAAAGCUCCAUCCCAAACAAGAUUUCCACCUGAUCCUUAGGUAUAUGCUUCAGACUUGAUAUGGUCCAGUCAUUUGCCCACUGUGAGUGGUUGGCCUUGUGGAUCACCACUUUGAAUCCCAAAUCUUUUGAAUUUUGUAUAAAUACAUUUACCAGGUGCUGAUCCAUCUGAAAUAAAUUGUUAAUAAUUUCUCUAGAUCUGUUUCCAAGGGAAUCUUCUGAGACUGGCCCAUUUUGUUUGCAUCUUUAGAGAAUGAGGGCAGAACAGAGUGUGACUGCUAUGUUUGGGGAAGGGAGGAGAGAGGAAGGGAAGGCUAAGCACAGAUUCAAGAGGGCACAAAGAUAGGAGGACACCAGUUGCUGCCUUCUGGCUCCCUCGUGAAUUGCAAUCCCUAGAUCACAGGCCUGAGACUAAAAGGAACAAAAUGCUCGAUUAGUUAGAGUUUAGGCACUCAUGGUUGACACCUUUAGAAAUUCUGGAAUUUGAAAUAGCAAAUUUUUUCAGAUGUCUCUUGGGUGGUGUUGGGAUUCUUUAAAACCACUCUUAUAAUUGCACAUGGAAAAAAGUCCCUUUCAGGUCCAGGAUUUUUGUUUGCUGGGUUAGAAAUGGGUGGGGGUGAAGAGAGGAGUUGAAGCAUUCCCUACUUUUCUCACUUGGCAUAUCCACUUUAGAAUACAUCAGGCCCAGACACAAAACUAUUAAGGGAAUACGUUCUAAGGGGCCUUAAAAAAAAUUGCUAUCUACACUAUCAGGAUGGUUCUCCUGGCUGCUGUUGCUGAGCAGGAACAGAUGUCUAAAGUACACUGGAAUUUACUGAGAAACUGGAUUGUAGAGAUUAUGGUGAAUUCUUUCAUUUUCCUACAAAACUAUAUUUUGGAAAACUUUAUGCUGUCAAUUAAAGUUCUUUUGUGUAAA